UUGAAAGACACUGCCAUGCAAGCAGCUGCCCAGCUAGUUCAGUCCUGCUGUUACUCUUUCCAUAAGACUCAUCUGCUUGCUGGGGUCUGAAUCCUGUGCUGUCCAUCUUCAGCUUUCUGGGCAGUCAGCCCGUGGCUGUUCUGGGCCCUCAGAACCCUUGGCAGGGCCCAAGGCUUGGAUUUGAGCUGUGAUCUACCUCAGCUCUGCUGCUCCCUGUUCCUGCUUCCUGCCCACACCUUGCCACUGCUCCACAGCCUGACUCCUUGGCAAUGGCUUCCAGGCAAGCCCCCCUCUGUGGCCUGGCUGCACACUGCUUCUGGCUCCUGGGUUUUGUCCUUUUGAUGGCAUCUGCACGGCCAGCCAACCACUCAUCCACCCGGGAGAGAGCAGCCAACAGAGAGGAAAAGGAGCUUCUGCCCCCAGACCACCUGAAUGGGGUGAAACUCGAGAUGGAUGGGCACCUCAACAAGGAUUUCCACCAGGAGGUCUUCCUAGGGAAAGAUGUGGGUGGCUUUGAUGAGGACACAGAGCCUCGCAGGAGCAGGAGAAAGCUGAUGGUCAUCUUCUCUAAAGUGGAUGUGAACACAGACCGGAGGAUCAGUGCCAAGGAGAUGCAGCGCUGGAUCAUGGAGAAGACAGCUGAACACUUCCAGGAGGCUGUGAAGGAGAAUAAGAUGCACUUCCGGGCUGUGGACCCUGAUGGCGAUGGCCACGUGUCCUGGGAUGAAUACAAAGUGAAGUUUUUGACAAGCAAAGGCCACAAUGAGAAGGAGGUUGCUGAUGCGAUCAGGAACCAUGAGGAGCUGAAGGUGGAUGAGGAGACACAGGAAGUCCUGGAGAACCUCAAAGACCGCUGGUAUCAGGCAGACAAUCCCCCUGCAGACCUGCUGCUGACUGAGGACGAGUUCCUGUCUUUCCUUCAUCCUGAGCACAGCCGGGGCAUGCUCAAGUUCAUGGUCAAGGAGAUUGUCCGGGACUUGGACCAGGAUGGCGACAAACAGCUUUCUCUGCCUGAGUUCAUCUCCCUGCCUGUGGGCACAGUUGAGAACCAACAGGGCCAGGACAUGGAUGACAGCUGGGUCAGAGACAGGAAGAAAGAGUUUGAAGAGCUGAUAGACUCCAACCACGAUGGGAUUGUGACCAUGGAUGAGCUAGAGAACUACAUGGACCCCAUGAACGAGUAUAACGCCCUCAACGAGGCCAAGCAGAUGAUUGCCAUUGCCGACGAGAACCAGAACCACCAUCUGGAGCCCGAGGAGAUCCUCAAGUACAGCGAGUUCUUCACAGGCAGCAAGCUGAUGGACUAUGCCCGCAAUGUGCACGAGGAGUUCUGAGCACCAUGGCCCUGCAGCCCCCUCACCCCCAAGGGCUGUGGUCCGUGUGGCAGGGGCUGGUGCCUGUCCUGCACCUAGGCCCAUCCCAGAACCUCCCUUUUGCUCUUGCCCACGACCACACUCUUGGGCUCAGCUGAGGCUGUGGCAUGACCUGAGUUUAUUAAAGUUGUGCUUAGCUGUG